AUGGCAGAACUUCGGAAGAUCUCUUUGGACGAUGCACAGCAUCUUAUUCAGGCAGGCGAUGUCCCAGUGCUCCGUAUCAAGCUGGAGGAAGAUGUUGAGAAGUGGAAGACAACUCAAUCUUACCAGGACUAUGGCAUCUUCCUGAGAAGAUUGAGCGACUCUGUGGUCAAUUAUCAGCUACCCUGGUCGCCGACAGAACCGACUGAGGCGACUAGGAAACUGUUAUCAUUGUUGGAUACACUCGAUCAGUGGGCAACAGAUAUACCUCCACUCCAAACCCCGCAACGCUUUGGUAAUCUCGCAUUCAGGACAUGGGGACAACGUCUCGAGGAGAGGUCUCAAUCCCUAUUGGAGGAUCUCCUGGGCCCGGAGUAUUCUUCUCUGACAGACCUUGUCAGACCCUACUUCCUGACGUCCUUUGGCUCUUUCACUCGGAUGGAUUAUGGCACCGGCCACGAGACUUCCUUUGCGCUGUUCCUAUUGUGUCUGACCCUUGUCCGGUAUUUCCAACCCAUUCCCGAAGUCGAACGAGAAAUUGUUCUCGUGAUCUUCCUACGAUAUCUCCGGCUUUGUUGGAGGCUCCAGGAUACGUACAGGCUUGAACCGGCAGGUAGCCAUGGGGUGUGGGGACUUGAUGAUUCCCACUUCCUGCCGUACAUCUUUGGAAGUGCCCAACUGCGGGAUCAAACAGACAUACCGGUGAACGCUGUGCUCCAGAAACCUUUACCGGAAACCAACCUUUACUUCCUUUCAAUAUCCCGUAUCCACGAAGUCAAGCACGGCCCCUUCCAUGAGCACUCGUCCUCACUACAUUCUAUCGCAGUUGGAGUUCCCAACUGGGGAAAGGUGCACUCGGGUUUGUUCAAGAUGUACGAGGCCGAGGUACUGGGAAAACGCGUGGUGGUACAGCACAUUCCCCUCGGUGGCCUCCUGAAGUGGGAUCCCAAAGCGAGCUCCACGGACGAGGCCUCUUCAAGGCACCCCCAGGCCCCUGCUCAUUACUCGACGGCCACCGCUGCUCCUACAACGUGGACGCCUUUACCGACGAUUGCGCCCAGAACAUCACACCCUAGCCGUCGACCUGACGCGACCACCUUUCCCGCCCCCACAGGGAUGCCACCACCCACCUCUUUCCCAAGAGGGCCGACGUGA